AUGGGGAGCACACAAAAGACGGAGACUAGCGAAGAGUUCAAGGCGCUGGAGCAUGAGACCAACGUUCGGCGCGAGUUCACUGAACAAGUGCACGACUCGUUGACGGUGUAUGCUAAAGCGCUGGGGAAGCAAAAGAGCUCCGGCGCAGAUAAGGCGAAGAAGAUGCCGUUGGAGAUCAUGGCCGAGGCUAUGGUCACGUUCGGGAGCAUGCUGGCUGAGGACUCGCUUUAUGGGAAAGCGUUGGUCACAUUCGGAGAGGCGCAUCAGAGGAUCGCGAUGCACCAGAUCGAAUAUAUUGCAUCCUUGCGGGAGUCGUACAUCGGGAAUCUCGAACGGAUAAUAUCCGAUAUGAAAGACUACUCCACCUUGAAAGCCAAACUGGAGAGACGCCGACUGGACUUUGACGCAAAGCUGAAUAAGGUCCACAAAAGCCGCAAGGAAAAGCCGGAGCUUGAGGAAGAGACGAGGGUCGCGCAGAUGAAAUAUGAGGAGAGUUUGACGGAUGCCACUCAGAAAAUGAUUGAGUUGAACUCUAAUGAGGACGAGCAACUGGAAAACCUUUUGAGGUUCAUGGAUGCCGAAGUGGAAUAUCACCGACGAGCGUUGGAAUCGAUAUCCAGCUUGCAAAGGAAUCUAGCCGAUAUGCCACGAAACGACACCAUGAGCUACCGGCGUCCCUCUCUCCAACGUGCGUCGACCACCAACUCGGACAGACAGCCUCCGUCGAGGAGUGUCAGUACCGACAGCAUCGGUGGUGGGCAGGCCCCACUUCCGGGCGGUCCGUUGGAUCGCAAACUGUCUUAUGCAUCGAAUGCGGGCUCAAUGGUGUUCCCUGUGGCUGGCCCAAAUGGAUCCAUGCUGCCCGCGCCCGAACCAACAAGAUCUUACUCUGGACAUGUGGCACAACCGCCGGCUAAUCCGACCGCUGGGCGGAAACAGGUGCAGGUUCAGUUUGACUUCGAUGCGGAAGGGCCAGGGGAACUUACAAUCAGGAAGGGAGACAUCAUCAACGUGACUUGCGAGAUAGACGAGGGAUGGUGGGAAGGCGAGAUUGACGGCGAUAGCAGCCGUGCGGGAAUAUUUCCAACCAACUAUGUCGGACCUUUGGCGAGACCCGUGUCAGCGCCAGCUCCUCCCGUGUUACCAUACCGCCCAGACUCCAUAACGGGCCAGCAAACAGUCGGAACCCCAGAACCCCAAGACGCCUUCGCCGACCACCGCACAUCCGUCGCCUCCUCCCGGCCCGCCUCAGAGUACCACCUCCCAUCCUCCGCCAUCUCCCAACAACGGCCACAGGACAGACCCUACUCCCACAUCUCCCGCCUCUCCUACGUCCCCAACAACGCCCCCAUCCCGCCCUCGUCCUCACAGCCGCAAAGACCCGCGAACGCGCCAAAACCGCCCCCAUCACGAAACCCGACUUCAGGUGGUGGGAGCCCCGCCAUGCCCCCCGCCUCACCCGCCAGCAGAUCGCGCCAGAACUCUAGCGACCACCUCCCCCUUGCAACCCCCGCAUCGAUACCGGCCUCGGCUUCGUCUGAGAUGUUGGCGGUAUGCAGGACCUGCGGGUGUGCGGAGUUUACUGCGAAUGCGUUUAGGAAGGAUCAGUGUAGUAACUGCUAUCAUAGGCAUUGA